ACAGUGAGAAAAGCCACAGAGCGGGCAGAAGGUUCUGACAGGCACGUCUCCGCCCCCUCAGUGACGAGUAGGGGGCGGAGUCGCAGAGUCUCCUCGGUUCUAUGUAACCUGCUGGAUGGGAUCCGGCUCCGUGCUGCUGCCACACAAGGUGGAGCCCCCUAGAAGAUGACAAUUGAGGAUUUGGGAACCGAUCACCUUGGAAAAGCUUCUCUUCCUAUCGUUAGAAAUUACCGGGCUUAUUACGUGGGUUGCAAGAGGCCGGUGACCUUUUCUAUCUCUGCUGCGCCAAUGCCUUCCGACUGCGAAUUCUCCUUCUUCGAUCCAAAUGAUGCUUCCUGCCAGGACAUCUUGUUUAACCCAAGCACUUCCAUUUCGGAGCUGUUUGCUAUCCUGCGCCAGUGGGUUCCCCAGGUUCAGCAGAGCAUCGAUGUCAUUGGUAAUGAGAUUCUGAAGAGAGGAUGUGGAGUCAAUGACCGAGAUGGGCUCACAGACAUGACCCUCCUGCAUUAUACCUGCAAGUCUGGGGCCCAAGGCAUAGGAGAUGCCGAGACCGCAGCAAAAUUUGCUUCCCGUUUGAUCGACCUGGGGGCAGACAUCAACUUGCGGAGCCGUUGGACCAAUAUGAAUGCUCUGCACUACGCAGCCUACUUUGAUGUCCCUGAGCUCGUUGAGGUUAUCCUGAAAAACCCUAAGCCAAAAGAUGUUGAUGCCACCUGCAGUGACUUUGAUUUCGGCACAGCUCUGCAUAUAGCAGCCUCCAACCUGUGCCUGGGAGCAGUGAGAAGCCUGCUUGAACAUGGAGCUAAUCCUGCCUUCCGGGACGACAGAGGACAAGCCCCAGCAGAUGUCGUUCCUGACCCAGUUGACAUGCCAUUGGAAAUGGCCGACGCAGCUGCAGUAGCCAAAGAAAUUAAACAGAAUCUGCUGGAUGCCAUUCCCCUGUCCUGCAAUCUCUCCAGUGUCAGCCCCACCAGCCAUGACACUGUCCCCUGUGAUGCUUCACUCUUGACGGCUGGUCUGAAGAUUGGGGACAGGGUGCUCAUAGCUGGCCAGAAGGUGGGCAUAUUGAGAUUUUGUGGAUCGACUGAGUUUGCAUCUGGGCAAUGGGCUGGCAUAGAGAUGGAUGAAUCUGAAGGAAAGAAUGAUGGCAGCAUUGGAGGCGUAAAAUAUUUUAAAUGUCCCCCAAAACACGGAAUUUUUGCACCUCUCUCUAAGAUUAGCCGAGCAAGUGAGUCCAUGCGCACAUUUAUCAAGAGUUCCUCUGACAAAACGGUGGCUUCUGUCAAAUCCCAAAAGCUGGACCUUCGCCGUGUCACUUCAAAGAUCAAUACAGGACUUGGUCCAACUAAGAAAAAUAGUCUCUCUGACUCAUUCCAGGGAAGUGAAGCGUCGGACUGUGUAACUGCAAAGAAAGCUUUCUACAUCGGAUCCAGCAGCCUCUCUUCCUCCACAUCUUCCUCCACCUCCUCAGUAGAGGCUAAGCCGCCCCUUUCCAACCAUCUUCGGCACCGCGGCUCAAAUAACCGUAAAAUUUCAGCUCCGUUUAGGUCCAAGUCCUCUUCGUUAAGGACUAUGAAUGGCCUCAAGGCUCGUGUUCCAUCUGUAGGAAGCCUGCAGAACUACCAGGCGGAAUUCCACCCUGGGGACCGAGUGCUGGUCGUGGGUCAAAGGAUCGGGACUGUCAGAUUCUAUGGCAAAACCAGCUUUUCUCCAGGCUUCUGGUGUGGAAUCGAACUGGACAAGCCCCAUGGAAAGAACAACGGCUCUAUCUCUGGGGUUCAGUACUUUACAUGCCCCCCAAAACAUGGCGUGUUUGCCCCCCCGUCCCGAGUACAACGAGUGUCCGGCUCUGUAGACUCCCUGUCAGAAAUCCCAGCAAGCAAACUCAAUCAUUCUUUCCCAGGAUUCAGAAGGAGUUACAGUUCAACAUCAACCAGAGCAUCACAAAGCGAGGCUGACCGUAGACAUUCUUUGGGCAGACCCAAGAAACCGCCACUGCGUCGGAGCUGGAGUAGCACCGUCACCACCAACAGCAGCAGUGCCAGCAUUGAGGGUCCAGUGCAACUGCAGCAAGGCUCCCAGGUGCUCCUCAGCAGCUCCAAUGAGAUGGCAGUGAUCCGCUACAUCGGCCCCACUGAUUUUGCCCCCGGCGUGUGGCUGGGCCUCGAGCUGCGCAACACCAAGGGCAAAAACGAUGGCUCCGUGGGGGAGAAGCGCUACUUCCACUGCAAACCCAAACAUGGCAUCUUGGUGCGGCCGAGUCGGGUCACCUACCGUGGAAUAAACGGCUCAAAACUGGUGGAUGGAGUUUGCUGACCGGGAUCAGGUUCUGCAUCUGUAAAUACCAACUGGAAUUUAUUACUGAAUUCCACAUUUAUUUCUUAUACAUGUGAGCAAAUGGCACUUUAUUGCCCCACUUCCUGUGCGUCUCCUUCCUGUUCCCCCCCUAGUCUGUCUUAAUCUUUCUGUCUCUCUAUCAUUUUUGCACCCACACUGGUUUGUAAGCAACACACACUGGGGCUCAUUUAUCAACACUGGUCAAAUUUGCCCAUGGGCAGUAACUCAUAGCAACCAAUCAGUGAUUAGCUU